CAGAGCCUGUCACUGAAACACGGCUCUCCACCCUUCACCCCCAACAGAUGGUUUCCAUGGGGAAGUGAACCAGGACUUCCCUUGCAGGCUCCGCCCUAAAGCCAGACAUAGGAGUGGGGAGGUGGCUUCCCUGCCUCCCCCCAAAACCUUCCAGUGAUUUCCUCCUGGCAGGAGGGCACCCCGGUCAUCACAGCCGUCACAUUUGCAGAUCUUAUGGCAUUUCUUCUCCUCCUGCCUCCAAGGACCAUGACCCUGGGGAUCUUCAGAAGGAGCCUCCUGGUGCUGUCGGUGGCCGUGGGCCUGACCCAGGGAGACUUGGUGAGGCCUUCCAGGGGCCACCUGGUGAACUGCACUUGUGAGAGCCCACACUGCAAGAGGCCAACCUGCCUGGGGGCGUGGUGCACAGUGGUGCUGGUUCGCGAGCAGGGCAGGCGCCCCCAGGUCUACCGGGGCUGCGGGAGCCUGAACCAGGAGCCCUGCCUGGGCCGCCCCACAGAGUUCGUCAACCAUCACUGCUGCUACAAGUCCUUCUGCAACCACAACGUGACCCUGGUGCUGGAGGCCACCCAGACUCCUUCAGAGGAGCCGGAAGCAGAUGCUCAGCUGCCUCUGAUCCUGGGUCCCAUGCUGGCCUUGCUGGUUCUGGUGGCCUUGGGUGCUCUGGGCUUGUGGCGUGUCCGGCGAAGGCAGGAGAAACAGCGUCUGCACAGUGACCUGGGCGAGUCCAGUCUCAUCCUGAAGGCAUCCGAACAGGGAGACAGCAUGCUGGGGGACUUCCUGGACAGCGACUGCACCACGGGCAGCGGCUCUGGGCUCCCCUUCUUGGUGCAGAGGACGGUAGCUCGGCAGGUUGCGCUGGUGGAGUGCGUGGGAAAGGGCCGAUACGGGGAGGUGUGGCGUGGCUCGUGGCACGGCGAGAGCGUAGCGGUCAAGAUUUUCUCCUCACGAGAUGAACAGUCCUGGUUCCGGGAGACCGAGAUCUACAAUACGGUUCUGCUCAGACACGACAACAUCCUAGGCUUCAUCGCCUCCGACAUGACGUCGCGGAACUCCAGCACACAGCUGUGGCUCAUCACCCACUACCACGAGCACGGCUCCCUCUAUGACUUCCUGCAGAGGCAGCCGCUGGAGCCGCAGCUGGCCCUGAGGCUGGCCGUGUCCGCCGCCUGCGGCCUGGCGCACCUGCAUGUAGAGAUCUUUGGCACUCAAGGCAAACCAGCCAUCGCCCACCGUGACCUUAAGAGCCGCAACGUGUUGGUCAAGAGCAACCUGCAGUGUUGCAUCGCAGACCUGGGCCUGGCUGUGAUGCACUCGCAGACGAGCGACUACCUGGACAUCGGCAACAACCCCCGAGUGGGAACCAAGAGGUACAUGGCGCCCGAGGUGCUGAGCGAGCACAUCCGCACUGACUGCUUCGAGUCCUACAAGUGGACGGACAUUUGGGCUUUCGGCCUAGUGCUGUGGGAGAUCGCCCGUCGGACCGUCAUUAAUGGCAUUGUGGAGGACUACAGGCCACCCUUCUACGACAUGGUGCCCAACGACCCCAGCUUUGAGGACAUGAAAAAGGUGGUGUGCAUUGACCAACAGACGCCCACCAUCCCUAACCGGCUAGCUGCAGAUCCGGUCCUCUCCGGGCUGGCCCAGAUGAUGCGGGAGUGCUGGUACCCCAACCCCUCUGCUCGCCUCACGGCGCUGCGCAUCAAGAAGACUUUGCAGAAGCUCAGCCACAACCCAGAGAAGCCCAAAGUGACUCAGUAGCCCAGGGUCCCUGGACUUCCUCUGCCUGACGCAUGUGGUGGAGAAGGCUGUCUGGGUGGAGGUAGUGUGAGCGUGCACGCUGCCCUGUGCGUGCCUGCCCAGCAUGGCCCCAGCUCAGCCGGCCAAAAAUACAGCUGGGCUGAAAUCCGAUCUGCCUCCGUCUGGCCUGCUCAAAGUGGCCGGCUCUCUGACGCCUGGCUGGGCUCCCCAUCCAUCCCAAGGCCAGUAGGGCACACCCCCUACCACUCCCCAGGCAGGGUGGCCAAGCCAGGGGAUCCCGAGCCCGGAUCCUAUCCUUGGUCAGCCUUACUGCCCCAUGGGAGCCGAUAGGAUGGCGCAGGGCCAUGUCCAGCUUCAGCAGAUGCUCUGCCCUGCCUAGGCUCAGCCGGAGAUACUCAGCACCCUGGCCUCAGUUUCUCUCUGUGGGUGUUUAUCACUUCUCCAAUGCCUUCCAGUCUUCCUGACUACCCCACCCCUCACCCCCACUAGUAAAUGCUAGUCUCUUGGGA